CCAUCAGUACCACCAUCAACUACUACACCAUCAAUACCACCAUCUACUACUACACCAUCAAUACCACCAUCUACUACUACACCAACAGUAUCAACAUCUACAACUACACCAUCAAUACCACCAUCUACUACUACACCAUCAAUACCAGCAUCUACUACUACACCAUCAGUACCAACAUCUACUACUGCACCAUCAGUACCACCAUCUGCUACUACACCAACAGGAUCAACAUCUGCUACUACACCAACAGUACCAUCAUCUACUACUACACCAACAGUACCACCAUCUACUACUACACCAACAGUACCACCAUCUACUACUCCACCAACAGUACCACCAUCU